CCGCCGGCCGCGGCGUGUCCAUCUAGAUCUUGUGCGGUGUGCCAAUCAGGCGAGCGAGUCCAGCCGGCGCGCGCCCCUCCGGAGCCGAUGGCACAGAAGGAGCAAGCCGGCCGCCGAGCUCGCCGGAGCCUGGCGCGCGGGACGGAGCUCUUCCGUCGCAAGUGAAUAUUCUGCUUAAGAAAUACAUCUUUGCUCAAAAAGAAGGCCUCAGCUUCCUAGUGAUGGUCUCUUUGUGUCCUGUUUGAUGAUAGUGCGAGAGAAGACUGGACUUCUGUCAUGGCAGUUUUUCUGCUGGGAGCAGUAUUGCUUAUUGUUCAACCUCAGGCAGUGCCUUCUAGACCAGCUGCCAGCUCUAAAGCUGAGGCCACUACUCAGAAAGAGUCUUUUAAGAAAAGUGAUUUCAGUGAAAGCAUUCAUCCUAAAGAGACACUCCAGCAACUUCCCCAAACCAUCAUCAUUGGUGUACGAAAAGGUGGAACAAGAGCCUUACUAGAGAUGUUAAGCCUCCAUCCAGAUGUAGCAGCCGCAGAAAGUGAAGUCCACUUCUUUGACUGGGAAGAGCAUUAUGGAAAUGGAUUGCAAUGGUAUAUUAAUCAAAUGCCAUUCUCUUAUCCAUACCAGAUAACUGUGGAGAAAACCCCAGCAUAUUUCACCUCACCAAAAGUGCCUGAAAGAGUUCAUAGAAUGAACAAACUUAUCAGAUUGCUCCUUAUUUUACGAGAUCCAACUGAGAGAGUGUUGUCGGACUAUACUCAAGUGUUCUUUAAUCACAUGCAAAAACAUAAGCCGUAUCCCUCCAUUGAAGAAUUUCUGGUUAAAAAUGGUGAACUCAAUAUGAACUACAAAGCAAUAAACAGGAGCUUAUAUUAUGUUCACAUGCAAAAUUGGUUGAAAUAUUUUCCUCUGGAUCACAUUCACAUUGUGGAUGGGGAUAAGCUAAUCAAAGAUCCCUUCUCAGAGGUAGUCAAAGUAGAAAGAUUUUUAAAUCUAUCACCUCAAAUAAAUGCUUCAAACUUUUACUUCAAUAAAACAAAAGGCUUUUACUGCUUAAGGGACAGUGGUAGGGAUAGGUGCUUACAUGAGUCAAAAGGAAGAACGCACCCCAAAGUUGAUCCUACUUUACUUGAAAAACUACAUGGAUAUUUUCAUGAACCUAAUCAGAAAUUCUUCGAGCUUAUUGGCAGAACAUUUGACUGGCACUGAAAAUGGGCAUAAGUUAUAGAGAUAAGCAACUGGGGAGCCUGCAAGCUCCAAGGCACAUUUAGAAAAGGAGGGCAUUUAAGAUAUAAUUUAUUUGUAAAAUCUAUAAAUUACCUC